AUGGAGACGAGGGAGCAGAAGGCGGUGACAGAUUAUGAUGCAGACACAGGCGGAUACGGCCAUUAUUGGGAAGCCACCGAGCUACAAUGUAAUUCAGUAACUUUUGGUCUAAAUGCUGAAAUCAACCAGAUCCUAAGUGUUUCUCAAUCCUUGCUGGGCAUUGCUACUGUGUUCCUACACACAUGCACACAUGGGAGUGGUCUGAGGUCAGAGAAGGACUUCAAGUAUUGAUGUGAUUAUAUAAAGCUUUGAUUGUUUAGAAGUCUCACCAGAGUCUCUGGCCCACAGCUCAAAGAUGUCGCCACUGGUUCUUGGAGUAGGUGUUUGCUUGGCUGGGUGGAUUGCUCUGUAUGCACUGCUGUGUUACACAAACGGCUCUUGUGGCUAUGAAUGGAACUGUCGGCUGGUCACACUGUUUCACGGCAUCCUUGCAGUGUGUAUAACUGCCUAUAUAGGCUACGUAGAUGGACCAUGGCCUUUCACCUACCCAGGCACAAAGAACACCCCUCUCCAAAUCACAGCAAUGGUGGUCAGUCUUGGCUACUUCAUCUUCGACAUGGCCUGGUGUGUAUACUUCCAGACUGAGGGUCUGGUAAUGCUUGCGCAUCACACCAUGAGCAUCCUGGGUAUUCUGCUGACCCUGUGGCUGGGUGAAUCAGGCAUCGAGUCCUGCGCUGUGAUCUUUGGCAGUGAGAUCACUAACCCGCUGCUGCAGACCCGGUGGUUCUUGAAGCACUCUGGCCGCUACAACACUUUCCUGGGUGACUUGGUGGACGUACUGUUUGUGUUCUUGUUCGUCAUUAUGCGAGUAUUCGUGGGCGGUGCCAUGCUGUACUGCGAGCUGAUCUCACCCAGGCCAAAGUUCAUUAUCAAGUGUGGUGGCGUGGCCAUGUACAUCUUGUCGUGGGUGUUCGUAGCUGACAUUUUCCGUUUUGCAUACCGUAAAAGCAGCGUGAAAUUCCAGCACUGGAAGAGUCCAGUGCAAGUAAAUACCGAUGCCAACAGCCACGCAAUUAAGAGAGACUAGUAGGGAAGUCUCUUCAACCUGGACAUCAUUUUUAUCAGAAUAUACACCUCUACAGGUAUUAAUCAGAUAUCAACUUUGACUAACUUUGUUAACUAUGUUUUUUAUGAACAUGAAUGUAGAGGUAUAUGACAGAGACGGCUUUUAUAAUUGAUUUACACUUGAAAUAGUAGUUUUGCUUAAUUGUUUAAGGAAAUAAUUAUUUUUCGAUUUUUUUAACCUCAAAUUUUUAACUUUUGUAAUAAAACACUAACUUGGCCAAGUCUUUUUUAGUCAGAAUUUCAAAAGCCCUUCAAGCUUGAUCCUGUAGAGAGUCUCCUAAGUCUCUUGCUCAGAACACUGAAGCAUGGAAAAUGUUUUUUUUUUUUAAUGGUUAUUACAUAGAAAUCCUUCAAAUGAAUUCUUAAACUAACAUGAUCCACGGAAUUGGAUGUUAAACUUAGAAGUCAUUUUUCUGUUAUGUCUUUUUUUUUUAACUCUAUAACACACUGUAUUAAUAAGCAACACACUGUGAAGCAUUCAAAAGUUUGCUUGCGUGAAAUUAAUUUUGUAAUAUCGUAAUGUUGAAAAGCCACAUUCGAGUUUUGACACUUUUUUAACUUGUGCAAUAUUCUGUGUGCAUUUAUUGUGGUGUUUACAUUGUUUUUGUAAACCUAAGGAUUUCAAAUAAUUUUGACAGUGAUAAUAAAUGCCAUUUCACUUCUUUUUGCACUAAAAAA